AGGACCGUUUAUGGUAUUGGAAUAUUGUGAAAGUGGGGUACUGAAGGAGUUCCUGAUCUCAAAGAAGUCUGACGUAACUGUUGAUUUGGAAGAAAGAUUGUUCAGAAUGGUCUUUGGGGUUUGUCUUGGAAUGGACUAUUUAUCAUCAAAAAAGGUUGUCCACAGAAGAUUAGCAGCCAGAAAUGUUCUUUUAGAUCAUUUGUUUGAACCAAAGAUAACUGGAUUUGGACCAGAACCUGACGCAGAACAAGAGGGGGAAGAACGUAUACCACUGAAAUGGAUGGCACCAGAAUGUAUGAAAACAACUAAGCAUGCAAAUGAAUUGAGUGAUGUUUUCUCUUUCGGCAUUGUUAUGUGGGAAAUAUUUUCAUUGGGCGACACACCUUACCCAGACAUACAGAGCAGGGACGUUGCUUCUAAACUGAAACAAGGAUACAAAAUGAAGAGACCAGAAUACUGCGAUGAUGCCUUCUAUAAGAUCAUGUUAAAGUGCUGGCACUAUCAUCCAAGCAAACGUUCAGGUUUUGCAGAGGUUAAGGAUCAGCUGUCGAACAUGUUCCAGGAAGGACCAAGUGAAGAAUAUUACUACCGGACAAAUGAUCUGUAAAUCAGAUCCUACUUCCAGG